AAUCGAUAAAUCGAUAAACCGAUAUCGAUAAACCGAUAACAAAUAAUCGAUUCGAUUUAUCGAUAAACCGAUUCAAAUGCACACCCCUAUUAUGGAUGGAUCAUUGGGCAACUGCAAGAAUUUUAUGUUUGGCAUUGUUUUUUAUGACCCUGGGAAAGGUCUGAUCAUCUUACCUCCUAUGAAAAAUUAUGCUCCGAGGCAAUAAUCUCCCUCUAACAAUUAAACUAACUGUGGAAGUUUCAGCAUGAUCAAAAUUCUAAGGGGCAGAAGGAGUUUAAUCAAGCGUUCGACGAUCUCAUCCUCUGUGGACCCUGUCCCUCCCGUGGUUCCUUUCUUCGCUAUCGUCCCUACUGCCCUCCUCAUCUGUCUGAUAUUCCUAAUCAAUGUGAUAGGGGUAUCACUGAUCAUUGUCUCCUUUGUCCGUAGAGAACUUCACUUUUUCAUUUUGUCGCCAAUACUUGACCAUCUUAUUUUGCGUUGCUCUUCUUUUCGUUUUUAGUCCAGAGAUUGAGGCAAAGGCUUCUUUGUUUGCAGCUGGAUGCUUUUCUGAAUUGGCGAACGACUUUGCUUAUGUAUUUCUGGAAAUGCUUGGAGGUCUUUUGAUGUCAUCUGAAACAUCAAGGGUUAUAAGGUUAGCAGGAGGACGUGCUUUUGCUAAAAUGUGGUGCUCACUUUUACUAGUGGAUAGAGCUCAUAAGACUGGUAUGAAGCUUAUCCUAGAAUCUUCAGAAGAAGACUUCUCGUUGGUGAUGCUAGUUUCACUUUCCAAAAUUGCUUCUAAAUGGACAUCUUUAAUUCCUAUACAGAUGGAACUACUUUUCUCAUUUAUGGCAAAGGACAGAGGUUUGAGCCUGCAAGCUUUGGCAUUAAAAUGCCUCCACUUCAUUUUAGCCAAAGGAAUUUAUCACUUCCAUGCCAGUUCAAAUGUGACUCUAAAGUAGUUUGGUAUCAUAAAUCAGUCUGAUUUUCCACCAGCUUUACAGUUUGAAGCUCUAAGAGCUUUAUACAAGAUGCUGCUGCUCAACCUGGAGACAAUUCCAUGCACAGAGAUCCUCACUAGUUUCUCCAAGUUCUUACAAAUUGUUGAGUUCAAACUACAUUCUUCAAUUAUCUCAGAGAGGCUUUUCUCUGUUCAUGUAUUAGCUAGUAUUUUUGACAAGUUUUUGGGAAUACCGAAAGAUGCAGCUGGUGGAAUUGGUUCAAUUGUUACAUCUCGCAUGAUUACUUUCACCAUCGAUCGUAUCUCCCAACUAAUAAAGUUAGUGGUUGAUAAUCCUCAUCCAAACAAAGAGGCGGAGCAGGAGGUAACGAGUUUACUCUUUAUUUUAGUUAAUCUGGUUGAAAGACAUCGAGAUCUCUCUGGUAUUGUACUGGAUAAGAUCUGUGUAGUUAUCGAACAUCUGGUCCGCAUGCUCAAAGAAGUUACCAGCAUGGAGAAUUCAGGCUCAGAAGAUCAUCAUAUGAUAGAGCUCGACAAAGAGAACCAUACAUCAACUGCAUCGAGAGUUUUGAUUUGUUUAUCCCAGAUUCUGAUAACUUGCUUUGAAAUGCUGGAAGUUUCCACUGCUGGUGCCACCCAAGUCUUUAACAGAAUGGAGCAUUUGGUUGAGCAUGUGCACCGGUGCAGCUUACUUCCUGUUUACAUCCGCCUAAUAUAUCACCUUUUAUUGCACUUCCAUGCUGGAUAUCACUGUAUGUGGCUGAAGAUAGGGGAAGAUACGGUUUCUAAUAGAAAUUUUCGUCUAUCUCGUUGUAGUUCUCUCUCAGCUGAUGGUUCCCUGUCCCAGAAUGAAAGUCUCAUUGUGGACUGUGUGAAGGAAAUUUUGGAUAAAAAAGACUAUUGGUUGUCUUAUAAGCUUGGAAAAUAUGCGGCAUGUCAUGGUGCAUGGUUGGUAGCUGCUUACAUAUUUGGGGAUCUAAUUCCUAUGGUUCGAUCUGAUAUCUGUUGUUUGUGGUUGAAAUCCUUAUCCCGUCUUUCAGAAUUAGAAAGGCAAGUCCAGUUGUUCAGGCUUACUCUUUCUGGAAAUACUGCCGGGGAAACUACGUCAGUUAAUCAAAUUGAAAAUGUUGUCGGGGCCUCCAACAACUUUGUUCUUUAG